AUGGCGAACGGCAACAACAUGACUGAAUUCGUUCUUUUGGGAAUCACCAAGAGCCCAGGGCUGAGGAAAAUGCUCUCUGCUCUGUUUCUAGUUGUGUAUGUGGUCACAGUACUGGGAAACCUACUCAUCGUGGCAGCUGUAACUGCCAGUCGGCGUCUGAGGUCACCCAUGUAUUUUUUCCUUACAUCCUUGUCCCUUGUGGAUGUCAAUUACUCUUCUGUCUCUGUCCCCAAGUUGAUUGUGGACCUCCUGUCUGAGAGCACCACCAUCUCCCUUGAAGGCUGCAUGACCCAGCUCUUUGCAGAGCAUUUCUUUGGUGGGGUGGCAAUCAUCUUGCUCAUUGUGAUGGCCUAUGACCGCUAUGUGGCCCUCUGUAAGCCCCUGCACUACACGACCACCAUGAGUCGUGGGCCAUGCUGCCUGAUGGUGGCAGGGUCUUGGGUGGGGGGAUCCAUGCAUGCCACAAUACAGCUCCUUUUCAUGUAUCAGAUACCUUUCUGCGGCCCCAAUGUCAUCGACCACUUUAUGUGUGACCUGUUUCCACUGCUGAAACUGGCCUGCAUGGACACCCACGUCCUGGGCCUCUUAGUCAUUCUCAACAGCGGGGUGAUGUGUGCGACCAUCUUCCUCAUCCUCAUCACUUCCUAUGUGGUCAUCCUCUGCUCCCUGAAGUCUUCCGGCACAGAAGGCAGGCACAAAGCCCUCUCUACCUGUGUCUCCCACCUCACGGUGGUCGUGUUGUUCUUUGUGCCUUGCAUUUUCUUAUACGUGAGACCUGUGGUCACGUACCCCGUGGACAAGGCCAUGGCUGUAUCGUUUACCAUUGUACCAAUGCUGAAUCCCUUGAUCUACACCUUGAGAAAUGCAGAGGUGAAAAAUGCCAUGAAAGAACUGUGGAAGAAACCAGGCGCCCUGGGCGUCAUAACCUUGCAUGCGUAA